AUGGUGGCCAUGGGCUUGCCUGCAACUGCAAGCAGAGGCAGCGCGCAGCUCCUCCUCUUCGUCUAUUUCGUCCUCCUCCUCGCUUCCUUGCACUUCUCUGGAGUGAAAUCUCUCGACGUUUCUCCUCCCGCUUCCGCUCCGACUUCCGCUCCCCCUCCAGUGGCAGCAGCAGUUGCCUCACCCUUCUCCUUCAGCUUCGACUUCACCAACUCGUCCACCUAUAGCAUGGAAGACCUCGAGUUCGAGGGCUCCGCGUCGGCGACGGUGCAAGACCACCUGCUCGACCACCAUGUCGACGUCACCUGCAGCUCGUACGGGACGGAUCCCAAGCACUGCACGGGACGGGUGUCGUACGCGCACCCGGUGCCGUUCUACGACAACACCACCGGCGAGUUGGCCAGCUUCCAGACGCGCUUCACCUUCGCCAUCGUCGUGGACAACAGUACCAUGAAGGGUGAUGGCAUGGCUUUCUUCCUCGCCUGUUACCCAUCAAAAUUGUCACCAAACUCACGCGGGGGAAACCUUGGCCUGAUUAACUCCGGCGACGAUGGCAAGAACCAGGCCGCCUUCGGAGACGAGCGGUUCGUGGCAGUGGAGUUCGACACGUUCCAAAACACCUGGGACCCCAUUGGCGACCACGUUGGCAUCGACAUCAACUCUGUCUCAUCUGUAACGGCAACAAGGCUGCGCGACUUCAGCCUCAACGGCGCCAUGACGGCCACCGUCACCUUUGACAACGCCACACGGAUGCUGGUCGCCGAACUGCAGCUUGAUGAUGACAAACGUGAUCUUCGCCCUGUUCAGGUCAGCUUCCAGUUAACCGAUCAGCUCAACACCUUGCUCCCGCCUCAGGUGGCAGUAGGGUUUUCCGCAGCCACAGGCUCCGCCAUGGAGCUGCAUCGGAUACUGUCAUGGUCCUUCAACUCCUCGCUUGCUCCGCCCCGCAAAGCGGAUCAUGACAUGACGGCAGCGGUUGUUGGAGGAUCGAUUGGAGGGGCAGUGGCUUUGGUGGUUGUGGUGUGGUGGAUCAUAUCAUUUUUCAAGUGGACAAGGACCACAAGCCAUGACUUUUUUUCACGAACUGGAGGAGCCAGACGAUUCGAGUAUAGUGUUCUGGCUGCUGCAACGGACGACUUCUCUGAGGAGAGGGUUAUUGGGCAAGGUGCCUUUGGAGUAGUCUACAGAGGUACAAUCUCCAAAGGAUCAUCAUCAGUUCCACCCUCAAGAGAACCAGAUGAUCCAUCCUCCAGCGAAUCGAGUGUGUCAUCAAACUCAAGCUCGAAGGAAUCUACAGACGGCAGCGAGGUGGCUGUAAAGAAGAUCUUGAAAGAGACAAGAGGAGGAAAUCUAGACUUCUUUGCCGAGAUGAACACCAUUAGUGAAGCCAAACACAAGAAUCUCGUAAAGUUGAAAGGAUGGUGCUGCAGGGAAAACAACCGGAACCUGCUCGAUUUCAUGUGCUGGUGCUGCAAGAAGAAGGAGGAUGACGAGCUCUUCCUUGUCUAUGAACUGGUGCCUAACGGCAAUCUGCACUACCACCUGUGCAAGAGUGAUCAAGUAAUACCAUGGCCAACAAGGUACCAAAUCGUGAAAGACAUUGGCUCGGCUCUUGUUUACCUCCACCAUGAGUGUGACCCUUACAUUUUGCAUAGGGAUAUCAAACCAGGCAACAUACUCCUGGACAACAACUUCAAUGCCAAGCUUGCUGACUUCGGUCUGUCGAGGAUCGGCAACCAGGAUAAGGCGACGUUGAUGACAACCGCUCUAGGGACGGAAGGGUAUAUAGAUCCAGAAUGUAGGAAAGAUGGGAAAGUAAAGUUCUACCCUAGAUCAGAUGUCUAUAGCUUUGGAAUUGUCCUACUUGACAUUGUAUGCACAUGGAAGUCAAGGGAGCAUGUAUGGGAGCUAUACAAAGGAGGCAAGGUCAUCGAGGCUACAGAUGCAAGGUUGCAUGGGGAUGACUUUGAUAGGUGGCAGACACAGAUGCAGCGUGUAGCUGUCCUAGGACUCUGGUGUUCUCUUCUUGACGGUGCGAAAAGGCCUACCAUUCAGAAAGCAAUGGAGUUCCUGGAACGUGAUGAGCCAUUGCCUAACCUUAACUACACGGUGAACACUUGGCUUCCCUCGCCACAUCAUGAUGCCUACACUAGUCAUUGCUCUGACGAGCAAACACUUAUGUCAAAUCUCAGAUGA